UGCAGAUUCCCUGUGUACAUGAUUCUAGUUGAUACGAUUAACGUGUAUGUUCCUAUCGGGUUUUGGGCCCUUUCCUGGAUUGAUGUUAUUGACGUUGCCGCUUCUACAAAGACAGUUAGGGAUUUAUCUAGGGCUGCGUAUACCGCAGAACAGCUACAUCUCGGCCGUUUCUCUUCGAGUUGUGAUCAUCUAGUUCAUCACUACUAUGGAGGAACCUCAUUCAGUCUUAGUGAAGAUAUGAAUCGGCUGCAAGGAUUGUCUAUGACGAAAUAAUGAUUUGCAUGAAAGUUAGUAAUAAGUACCGGACUGAGACGAAAGAUAAUUCGUGAAAUCUCUUAUGAAGGAUGAGGUAUAUAAAUCGACAGGCAUACCACAUGCAAGUGUUGGGAGAGUCAACUCGGCAAGAUGGGAUUGGUUUCACCCGUAGACCUCUAGGGCUACUAGUACAUACAUACAUACAUAUAGUCAGGUCUCAAUUCUACAACCUGUGAAAUCAAAGCAAGAGAAGAGAUACAAAGAUACGAAACCUGUCAAAAACAAAGAAAAGGAGGUACAAAAGGUACCAAAUGUACGUAAAUGUACAUAAGUGUACAUAAAUUACAUAAAACAUCGGCUCCGAGACUCGGCCGGAGUCUUGGCCGGAGUCUUGGCCUAGCCCACUGGUUCCGACUUUAACUUCCAACGGUUUCACACGUUACUCGUUACUGGGGAGUUCUCGGAAAAUGGGCUUGUCGGAGCCGGCCGUGAAAGAUCUUAGGGGGUGAACUCGGCUUGAUUUCACCGAACAAUACAAGCGAGUGGAGGCUAGACCAUUUUGGAUGUCUUGUUCAAGACUUGACAUCACAGGGCUUCGUACACAGGCGUAAUCGUCUGUUCCGAAUCACCUUCGUACCCCUGUUUUUUUUUCGGGGCACACUCUGGGUUUAUAUAAAUGCCCCGCGGCCGAAACCCAUAUCCUGUUCCAUGCAUCUUCAGUUCUGAUUUAUUUAUAAACGAUCCUUCGCCACCCUUUCACUAUAGUAAUUCUCCCAACUUACUAUAUAUCCCAAUCCUACUGCCCUCGAGGCCAACGUAUGAUCCAAGAUGUGCAUCAUGGCUUGCAACCGAUCCAAUGAGAUCCCCGAUCUCUCCAUAGACCAGGGGACCUACCUCAGCCAACACCUGAGUCCUCAGUCUCGACCCGCCGACUUCUUCGACAGACCCGACCCUCUCGCUGCCAACUGGAGCUAUGACAACGCCAUUGACCUGUUCUCCAUCAACCCCACCGAUAUGGAGCCCGUGUCAUUCGACUUUGCCGAUAGUCUCACGAAUCUCGAGUCCAAGGACCUCUUCAACGACCCAUUUGCUGGCUCUGGGAUUAGUGGGUUCACCAUGCCCGAGGAUGCAGCUUCACUAUCAUCGGAAUUCGAAAGUGAUGAUCAAACAUGGCCAUCCGCUGCUGCCCGGCAAUCCGUCGACUCGAACGCGUUCGAGACCCAGUCGACAAACCAACCUUCAAACUACACCUCUUCUCAACCUCAAACACAGAGCAAGACUCGCUCAUCUUCAACAAGAUGGUCAUCGAGUCCAGAGAUGAAGGAAGAAGAGAUUGCUACGCCCCAACCCUCCAAACCCACCAACUCCACAUCCCGCAAGACCCGCAGCUUUUCCCGAGAUUCAAACCGCUCCUCAACGGGCGGCCAAGACCCUCAAAUGCGGAAUGCUGCCAAGCGUGCCGCCCAUAACAUCAUCGAGAAGCGCUACCGCACCAACAUGAACGCCAAAUUUGUUUCACUCGAGCAGGCCAUCUCGCCCUCGGGUGUUCAAAAACAUGCCAAGGUUGGAGCAGGGUCUCUCAAAAAGUCUGAGAUUCUCACCAAUGCCCUUACCUACAUCGAUGGCAUUCAGCAGGAAAACCAGGCCCUGCACAAGGAGCUCGCACUGCUCAAGCAAAACUUGCUACCGGGCGGAAUCUGGCGUCACUCCAAAAACCCCCGACUAUGA